AUGUCCAGCAUUACUCUGGUUGAACGCGACUUGUUGUUUUCACGCCUCGGCCUUCAUCGUGGACAGAAUGCCUUUACAUUUGGGGCACUACAGACGAACAGCUCGUCCUUUUCUGCAUCGGUGUACAAGACGACACCCCGCCCGGAUCGCGAAACUGGGGGAUCAUCCGAGCUAGGCAUGCCCGGCCGAUCAGCCUCGUACAUCAGACAGACCUCGAGCUUUUCGCGUAGCCUCUCCAACACGUCUACGGCUCUUCGAGGCUCAACAGAUCGGCUGCGCGACACCCUUGACUCUGUUGACGACUGCGCAAGCGAGGACCGAGCUGAGGAAGAUGAGGACCAGGAGAGCAUGACAUCCGGCAUUCCUGUGUGUUACGGGGCCUCGCCGAGACUGCGUACUCUGGCUCCAAGGCUUCACUCCACUCUGCAUGCCAUCAUUCUGCAAGUUAAUGACUUUCUGCUCCAGGCGAGGUCCGAGUCGUUGAGCGCCGUAUUGACCAACUUUCCACAACCUUUCGACGACAGGAUUGGUGUUGCAGCCACUUCGACUUUCAGCAGCACGGCCCAACGACCGAUGGACAAGCAGCUUGAAAGCCAGGUGGGCGGACUAACUAUGGCGAUACAGUUAUCUUUAUCUCAUUGGGAAGACUUGUUACGACAGAGUUGA